AUGGAUCUGCUGGGGAAAACGGUGUUACUCCUGGACGGAGGCUUAGGCACUACCCUCGAAGAUGAACAUCAUGUUAAAUUCUCUACGCAAACUCCUCUCUGGUCUUCCCACCUCCUCGUGGAAAACACCUCCAUACUUCGCAGAUUGCAGAGAGAUUAUGCCAAUGUGGGCGUAGAUGUUAUUUUGACGGCCACGUAUCAGACAAGUUUUCCAGGCUUCGCAAACACAAAGAUCAAUCGAGAUGAUGGGAUUGGCAGGGAUGAAGCGAAACGACUGAUGCUGUCGGCAGUGCAGAUUGCCCGAGAAGCAUUUCAAAAUCGCCAAGGACUAGUAGCCCUCAGUCUGGGCGCCUAUGGUGCAACAAUGGUCCCUAGCACCGAGUAUAGCGGAAUCUAUGGAGGUAUGGUAGAAGACGAGCUCUAUGAGUUCCACCGGGAACGGAUCAACGUGUUCGCCGAUAGCCGGGAAUGGAAAGAUGUUGACCUUGUCGCGUUUGAGACACUUCCUCGAGUGGACGAAGUGAGGGCAGCGAGACGUGUUAUGCAAGAGAUCACAGGCAAAAAGUACUGGAUUUCAUGCGUCUUUCCAAACGAUGACGCAAAACUGCCCGACGGAACGGACACGGAACAUCUGGUUCGAACUAUGUUGGACGGGGAGAGCCCGCCGUUCGCGAUCGGGAUCAACUGCACCAAAAUACACAAGAUCUCAAUGCUGGUAGCAGACUUCGAAAGGGCUGCAAUGUUGCAAGGCUUCAAUCUACCCAGACUUGUUAUUUAUCCUGAUGGCGCCGGUGGAAAGGUGUAUGACACAGAGAUACAGCAGUGGAUAGGAGACAGUCAAGACGGAGCGCCUUGGGACGAACAAUUAUUCAAGAUUGUUACAGAGAUAAGGGAAAGAUCUACGUGGAAUGGCAUUAUAGUCGGGGGCUGCUGCAAAGCCAACCCUGAAAAUAUAGCGAACCUAAAACGUCGGCUUGAACACUACUGA